AUUCAGGUGCCAAUCCAGAGGGGGACGCCUGCCGUCAGUGGUUUAACGGGUUGAUUUCCAACCAAUGAUGGCCACUGCAAGGCUUGAUUAUGUCGCUCCGUGGUGGACAUACUGGCUGCACAAUUUCCCUCACUUCAAUUUCUUCUUCCAGUCGGUGGACAACACUUUCAAACCGGAGGAGGCGAGCUAUCAGCAGUCCCUGGUGUUUCUGGCUUGCGUCGGCGCCGUGGGUCUCGGCCUCAGCCUGCUGGUCGUGGCGCUGUACCUGAUCUUCCUGUGCUGCUGCCGCAGAGACAUAGACGAAGACACCAAGAGGCCCGACACCUGCUGCGUCACCUGCGUGGCGGUCAUCACGGGUCUCGUCAUCUGCUCGGCGGUAGGAGUGGGUUUCUAUGGGAACAGCGAGACCAACGACGGGGUGUACCAGCUGACCUACUCACUUUAUAAUGCCAAUCACACAUUGGGCGGCAUCAACAAUCUGGUGUCGGGUGCUCGGGGCAAUGUGGAGACCGGACUCAAACAGCACCUGGAACGUCUGGAUGAGAUCUUCGCCGCCAGGGCCGACUACCUCCAGGCUCUGCGCUUCAUGCAGCUGAUGGUCGGCAACGUGAUCCGCGAGCUGACGGCUCUGCCGGACUUCGACAAAACCAACAUUGACUUGGCGGCCAUCGCCGGCCGGAUGGCCCUCAUCGAGUACUACAGGUGGCUGGCUUAUCUGCUGCUGCUGAUCCUGGAUCUGGUCAUCUGCCUGGCGAUGGGCCUGGGGAUGGCCAGGCACUCCCAGUGUCUGCUCGUCACGAUCAUGGGUUUCGUUAUCCUGUCGCUGAUCCUGAGCUGGGCGUCCCUCGGAGCUGGCACUGCCACAGCUGUGGGAACCAGUGACUUCUGUGUGGCUCCAGACAAGUUUAUUGUUAACCAAACCAAGAAUAUCCUCACUGCAGAUGUUGCACACUAUUAUUUGUUCUGCAGUCCCAAUCUGCCAAAUCCCUUCCAACAGUCUCUGACGGUCUGCCAGCGUUCUCUGACCACCAUGCAAAUCCAGAUCCAGGGCCUGCUGCAGUUCUCCGUGCCCGUCUUCCCCACUGCAGAGAGAGACCUUUUGGGGAUCCAGCGGCAGUUAAAUUCCACAGAGUUCAGUAUACACCAGCUAACAGCCUUGCUGGACUGCCGCGGGCUGCACAAGGACUAUCUGGAUGCCCUCAUGGGUGUGUGCUAUGAUGGGGUGGAAGGGCUUCUCUACCUCUCCUUAUUUUCUCUUUUGGCUGCCUGCUCACUGUCUGCCAUGCUGUGUGCAAUUUUCCGAGUGUGGACACUAAUGGGCAGCAGGGACAAAGAGUACGACGACAUCGACGAGGAGGAUCCGUUCAACCCUCAAGCGCGACGGAUAUCCUACAACCCCAGAAGGUCCAACACGCACAGUUUCUGUAGUUACACCAGCAGCGUUGGCAGCCAGGCCAGCCUCCAUCCACCCCCCCAGUCUACAGCUAAUACCAUGCCUCCCCCUGAAUACAUGAAUCAGUCCAUGCUGUUCGGAGGGGCCCCUCGGUACGAGAACGUGCCGCUGAUAGGGAGAGGAUCGCCGCCUCCCUCGUAUUCGCCCAGUAUGAGGACCACCUAUCUGUCUAUGACUGAUGCUCAGAUCAGACACUUUGGGACCGACUUCCAGGUGUAGUCUGCUGCCGACUGAAUCCUUUUCAGUGCUUCUGUCUGUGACUUCAGGCUCCCACCAAGAAGGAUGUCUUCACGGUAUAAUCCUGUUUGCAGAAGCAGCAGCCCGCUGUCCCAAUCCGAGACAGGGAAGUGGGCCACAUGAGGCAGAAACCUCAGAAACACAUCAGUGAAGUGCUUGAAAAACCCCGAAUGUAUUGAGGGUCUGUAAAGGUUUAUCUCAAGACUGCUGUAAUUGUCACGGUUAAUUCAAGCGAAAUGUAAACAUUUCUGUGAGCUGAAUCAAGGGUCUUUGAACUGAAUGGAUUGGGUUUUUUUUUUCUUAUUAUUCACUAUUCAGGUGGCAUGCGUUGAAAUGAGCGUUGGUCAGUAUCAUGUGAACUGAAUGACUACAUAAACAGGCAAAGCUGUAAACCAAACUUUUUUUUCUUUUAAUUUUCUUUCCUUUGAAAGUAGCGGUGGCACAUUAUGGAGCAAAAUGCCAUCUUUUCAAUAUUAAAUGCAAAAAAUAAACAUAGUGAAUCACUGAAAAGUAUACCAAAUAUUGCAGUGUUUUUACAGCCAAAAUGCCUUCAACAAAAUGUACAAUAACUGUGAGAGGCUUAUUGUUGUGCCACAUUUGACAGUGCGGUUGAGGGACUGAACUGACCCUCAAUUAAUUAAGCACAAAGUAAAUGUUUUUUUUAAUGAACUUUCUGUCAUAAGAAAGUUAACGCCUAAAUAUAAGUACAUGUAAAUAUUGGCUGUAUUGUGAUUUAAUUGAGAUAUUACCUACCAAACGCACUGCAACAGGAAAAACCACUCAAGAAAGAGACCCUGAAUUUUCAAAACCUGUGAAGUUAUCCAUGAUAUGUUUUGAAUGAGAAUGUGUCUUUUCCAUUUUUGAAAAAACCACUGUAUU